GUCUAUCUCUGGUGGAUGUGAAAUCCUUCGUAGUGAUAUUUCGCAGGGGAAAUGCUAGCAUCUCUCUAUAAACAAUGUAAGGCUAGUAUCAAUAAGCAAAGGUAGCUGUGAUGGCCAUAACAAAGUUUCCAAAAUCCAUAUUGGGUUUGUACCUUCAUUAGGCUGUGGACUGGAUCAAUUAAUGAAGCUUUUUGCCCACUAUUUUUACUGAAACUUAUGCAAUGAUUUUUAGUGACCAGGGCAAGUGGAACCCCAGGCAAGCAGGUCAGAGGUUGUGAAUAAGAACAUCUUGUGAGAGCUACUUUUUAAAAAUCUUUUCCUAGAAGCAUGGGACAUGGACAUGAACACAAAAAAUUGGAACUUCCUGAUUAUAGACAUUGGAAGAUAGAAGGUACUCCCUUACAGGAUGUCCAAGAAAGGUUGGCUCGGCGGGGUCUCAGGGAUCCAUGGCUUCGCAAUGAAGCGUGGAGGUUCAUGGGUGGCUUUGCAAAACCUGUCACCUUCAUGGAAGUUAUGGGCAAAGGAUUCAAGUGGGGAUUUGCAGCCUUUGUGGUAGCUCUCGCAGUUGAGUAUACACUUUUCCCUGCAAAGAAAGAUGGUGGGCAUCACUGAAGGCCGUUUGUUUUCUGUUCUAAGUUAUGUAUCAAUAGUGUUUUCUGACUUUGCAUGGAAAGAUGCAUAUUAAAGUUCUUCAAGACGAA